GUCAGUAAUCAAAAUUUGGCACAACAGGUUUGCAAGAACUGAGUUGAAAGUUGAAACUGAAGAUGGGAGAGGCAACAGAAAGGUAUGCAGUUGUGACAGGUGCAAACAAAGGAAUUGGAUUAGAGAUAGUUAAGCAGUUAGCUUCAAAAGGAAUAAAGGUGGUGCUCACUGCAAGGAAUGAAGAGAGGGGUCUUCAAGCAUUGCAAACACUCAAAGCCUCAGGUCUUUCUCAUCUUGUGCUGUUUCAUCAGUUAGAUGUUGCUGAUGCUGCUAGUGUAGCUUCUCUCGCACAUUUUAUCAAAUCCAAAUUUGGUAAACUUGAUAUUCUGGUUAACAAUGCAGGAAUUAGCGGAAUUGUAAUCGAAGACAGUGAUUUAAUAAGUACACUAAUCCUGAAUCGUGGGGUGGUACCAGAUGAGGAAGGAACAAAGACAUUGACUCAAACAUAUGAGUUAGGUGAAGAAUGCCUGCAAAUAAAUUACUAUGGCACUAAAAUAACUGUAGAAUCACUCAUGCCCCUCCUCCAAUUAUCCGAUUCACCAACAAUUGUGAAUGUAUCGUCCUUUCUUGGGCAGUUAGAGAGUUUCCCUAAGGAAUCAUGGGCAAGAGGAGUGUUGAGUGAUGCUGAUAACCUGACUGAAGAGAAAAUAGAUGAAAUAGUGAAGAAGUUCCUGAGUGAUUUCAAAGAAGGUUCAUUAGAGAGUAAAGGGUGGCCAAGGUAUCUAGGAGCCUAUAUUGUGUCGAAAGCUGCUAUGAAUGGGUACACAAGAAUCCUUGCAAAGAAAAACCCAUCAUUGUGCAUAAACAGUGUUUGUCCUGGUUAUGUGAAGACAGAUAUAACAUCAAACACUGGUUUUCUAACAGUGGAAGAAGGUGCUGCUAGUCCUGUCAGGCUUGCACUGCUUCCCAAUGGUUCUCCAUCUGGUCUCUUCUAUUUCAGAACUGAUGUGGCUUCCGCUCAACAGGUUACAAGAACUGACUUGAAAGUUGGAUUGAAACUGAAGAUGGGAGAGGCAACAGAAAGGUAUGCAGUUGUGACAGGAGCAAACAAAGGAAUUGGAUUAGAGAUAGUUAAGCAAUUAGCCUCAGCAGGGAUCAAGGUGGUGCUUACAGCAAGAAAUGAAGAGAGGGGUCUGCAUGCAAUGGAAAAAAUAAAAGCCUCAGCUCUGUCUCACCUUGUGAUGUUUCAUCAGCUGGAUGUGGCUGAUGCAACCAGUGUAGCUUCUCUCGCAGAUUUUAUCAAAUCAAAGUUUGCAAAACUUGAUAUUCUGGUUAACAAUGCAGGGAUUGGUGGAGCAAUAACCAAAGACGUUGAUUUAUUGCCUUCAGUUCUCCUCAACCCUGGGGCUGUAUCAGAAGAAGAUGGAGCAAAGGCAAUGACUCAAACAUAUGAGUUAGCAGAAGAAUGCUUGCAAAUAAAUUACUAUGGCACUAAAAUAACUGUAGAAUCACUCAUGCCCCUCCUCCAAUUAUCUCAUUCACCAACAAUUGUGAAUGUGUCCUCCUCUAAGGGGAAAUUACAGAACUUCCCUAAGGAAUCAUGGGCAAGAGGAGUGUUGAGUGAUGCUGAUAACCUCACAGAAGAGAAAAUAGAUGAAAUAGUGAAGAAGUUUCUAAGUGAUUUCAAAGAAGGUUCAUUAGAGAGUAAAGGGUGGCCUAGGUAUAUGGGUGCCUAUAUUGUGUCAAAAGCUGCUAUGAAUGGAUACACAAGAAUCCUUGCAAAGAAAAACCCAUCAUUCUGCAUAAACAGUGUUUGCCCUGGUUAUGUGAAGACAGAUAUAACAUCAAACACUGGUUUUCUAACAGUGGAAGAAGGUGCUGCUAGUCCUGUCAAGCUUGCACUGCUUCCCAAUGGCUCUCCAUCUGGUCUCUUCUAUUACAGAGCUGAUGUGGCUUCCUUUUUGAAACCAAAGAUGGGAGAGGAAAAAGAAAGGUAUGCAGUUGUGACAGGAGCAAACAAAGGAAUCGGAUUAGAGAUAGUUAAGCAAUUAGCCUCAGCAGGGAUCAAGGUGGUACUCACAGCAAGAAAUGAAGAGAGGGGUCUGCAUGCAAUGGAAAAAAUAAAAGCCUCAGGUCUAUCUCACCUUGUGAUGUUUCAUCUUCUGGAUGUGGCUGAUGCAACAAGUGUAGCUUCUCUCGCUGAUUUUAUCAAAUCAAAGUUUGGAAAACUUGAUAUUCUGGUUAACAAUGCAGGGAUUAUUGGAGCAGUAACCAAAGACAUUGAAUUAUCGCGUUCAGUUCUCCUCAAGCCUGGGGCUGCAACAAAAGAAGAAGGAACAAAGGCAAUGACUCAGACAUACGAGUUAGCAGAAGAAUGCUUGCAAAUAAAUUACUAUGGCACUAAAAUAACUGUAGAAUCACUCAUGCCCCUCCUCCAAUUAUCCGAUUCACCAAGAAUUGUGAAUGUAUCGUCCUCUGUGGGGCAAUUAGAGAACAUCCCUGAGGAAUCAUGGGCAAGAGGAGUGCUGAGUGAUGCAGAUAACCUCACAGAAGAGAAAGUGGAUGAAAUAGUGAAGAAAUUUCUAAGUGAUUUCAAAGAAGGUUCAUUAGACAGUAAAGGGUGGCCUAGGUAUAAGGGUGCCUAUAUUAUGUCAAAAGCUGCUAUAAAUGGGUACACAAGAAUCCUUGCAAAGAAAAACCCAUCAUUCUGCAUAAACAGUGUUUGCCCUGGUUAUGUAAAGACAGAUCUAACAUUCAACACUGGUUAUCUAACAGUGGAAGAAGGUGCUGCUAGUCCUGUCAGGCUUGCACUGCUUCCUAAUGGCUCCCCAUCUGGUCUCUUCUAUCACAGAGCUGAUGUGGCUUCCUUUUGAUUUCCAGUGAUGUAAUUUUCUGGUUUGAGGACAAAACCAAUGCUUUUGCUUUUAAAUUGUUGAACCUGUUUUAAGCACAUUAUAUGAUGUUGUAUUAAACUUGUGUUGUUUGUGUCUUAAUAAAGUCUAAACUAUGUAUGCAAUAAAAUUAACAUUUAAGUA